AUGAAAGCUGCUUCCUUACUUCCCAUCCUUCUGCUUGCCAUCAUCACCCCAAAGCCCUUAUCGGCGACUGGGGAUCCGCAGCCUUUACUUGACAGCAAUGGUGACCGGGUCCUCGCUGGAACUCCUUACUACGCAGUAACAAUAUACAAAGGACCUGCUGCCGGCAUCGUCAGCCUUGCCGGAGGCAGCAACUACUGCCCAUUUGAUGUCAUUCUAUCCACAAAACUCGACAGGGGUCAGCCAUUGUUGAUCUCACCAGCUACUGCAGAUCCAGAAGGAAUUGUUUAUGACUCCACUGACGUAAACAUCAAGUUCUCCAAUGUUUCAGAAGGCAUCUGCUCAGAGACCUCAUUUGUUUGGAAGGUAGCUGACUACGACACAUUUUGGGGCGCCUGGUUCAUAACAACGAACGGAACAGAAGGGAAUCCUGGAGCCUAUACAGUGCAAAAUUGGUUCAAAUUUGAGAGGUUUUUUGGGACUAAAAAUGUGUACUAUUUUGUUCAUUGUCCAAAAGUGUGCGCGACUUGUGUAACUUUGUGCAGCGAGGUUGGAGUUUUUACUGCUACAAGAGCUCUGGCUCUGAAACUUGAUAGAGAUUUUUUAGUGUUUCGGCUCGUCAAGGCUGAGGACUAUAAGCUGCUCCUUGCUGACAGUUCUUCAUCAUCAUCAUCCAAGCUCGAACAGUAA